UUCUCGACAGGAGAGUUCCACUAUCCAAUUUAACGCGCGCCGUGUGGCCUUCCUUUCUCUUUCGCCGGUCAUAAACGGUGUAGAUUCAUACAAGGUAAAAGUCGAUAUAUUUAUACACAUAUAUAUAUAUUUUAUUUUGUAUUGAACUCACUAUCAACAAUGUCUGAUACGUGGAGUGAUAUCCAAGCUGCCAAAACGAAGCAGAGCAGCAUGAGAGCCAAACUGUUAGAAAGGAAACGAAAAAGAGAAGGUAUGGUUGCUGAAAUGACAAAUGCCGAGUCGUCCAGUUCGGGCUCUUUGUCGGCCGCUGGCAUUGCUCAAAGUCAAACACCCCGUGUACCGUCGCCUACCCUUGCUCCGGAUAGCUCUGUUAAAACCGAAUACAUUAAAGUCGAUGCCGAAAUCAAAAAGAAGCUAUUGCUUGUGUUGUGUGAUAUAAACCUAGACAUACCUUGUAAUGCCACUCAGAUCGCGGAGCACACAUCUAAAAUGUUAGGAAGAGAAGUGAAGCUGAUCGUCAUUGAAGAUCUGUUACAGCAAUUGUCCAGUCAGCAGUUACUUAGCAUCGUUUCGAAAGAAUCUAAAGAUCAAAGCCACAUCACCGUAACCUCUCUCGAUCUGAGUAAACUCAGCGCUGUUACGAACACUUCGGAGAAUUCCUCAAACAAAAGAAAGAGAGAAAACGAUGAUCAAGACAGUUCGGAAAAUUCAACGAAACACCUCAAAUCAUCAUCAUCUUCAUUGAACCAGCCCGAUGACAGCAUCGAGAGUUUACUUUCCAUGCAAUCAGCGAAAGAAAGAGAACAUAAGAAAGUACAAGAAGAAAUCUUACAAUUACUUAGCAAACCUACAGCGAAAGAACAAUUUCUUGUUGAGAAGUUUAGUUCUCAGGGCGGUGCUCAGCUGCAAGAAUUUUGCCAAUAUGGAACGAAAGACGAAUGUAUGAAAACCAACCAGGUAUCCGAACCUUGUAAAAGACUUCAUUUCAGAAAAAUCAUUCAUAAACACACAGAUGAAUCGCUUGGUGAUUGCUCGUUUCUUAAUACAUGUUUUCAUAUGGAUACAUGCAAGUAUGUUCACUACGAGAUAGACUACCCCGAGAAGAAAAACCAACUGGCUUUAUUGAAGAAAGAACUGUCCUUAAGUAAAAAGACUGGUAUGAAGGAUGGCACCGUGACCAUGUUUCCGCCUCAGUGGGUCCAGUGUGAUUUGCGAUAUUUCGAUAUGUCCGUUCUGGGGAAAUGUGCCGUAGUUAUGGCUGAUCCACCCUGGGAUAUUCACAUGGAGUUACCUUAUGGAACCAUGAGUGACGAUGAGAUGAGAAAAUUGGAUGUACCUAAUCUUCAAGACGACGGUUUCCUGUUUUUGUGGGUGACGGGCAGAGCUAUGGAGUUGGGAAGAGAAUGUCUGGAGCUGUGGGGUUACAAAAGAGUUGACGAAUUGAUCUGGGUGAAAACGAACCAACUUCAGAGAAUCAUAAGAACUGGACGUACCGGCCAUUGGCUAAACCACGGCAAAGAACACUGCCUUGUUGGAGUUAAAGGUGAUCCAAAAGGCGUGAACAGGGGCCUCGACUGUGAUGUGAUCGUCGCAGAAGUUCGAGCCACAAGUCAUAAACCGGACGAAAUCUAUGGCAUUAUAGAACGACUUUCACCUGGAACUAGGAAAGUCGAACUGUUUGGACGACCGCACAAUGUACAACCAAACUGGAUUACCUUAGGGAACCAAGUGGAUGGAGUACGGCUUAAAGAUCCCGAUGUUGUGACAAGUUUUCAAAAACGCUACCCCAAUGGAAACUGUAUGGAACCUCCGAAAUAACGUCUAUUGUUUACUGAAAGGUGACAGGAGAAAGAAUGGGUGAGAGGGAUUGUGUGCAUCUGCGAGAGAGGGUGGAAUAGGAAGUUCAUUCAUUUCGUUUCAAAACUAUUCAUUGUCUAUCAUGCCAAUAUAUAAAAUUCUAUUUGAAGAAUCAACGUUUUGCUACUCAAAACUGCAAAACUGAUUAUCAAUGAAACUCAGGUAGCUCUUCAUACUCUUAUAUACAUAAGACGGCCCUCUUCGGAUUUCCGAAGAAUUCCAUUACUUCCGAAAUUCUAUAUAAAAUCCUUUAUUCUUUGUCUUUGCUAUUA